AUGCCCGAGGGGGAGAUAUGGUCUACUUCAGUCACCGCCAUCGAUCCUGAGCAUAUCAAGGCCAUGCCAGCCGUUCUUUUGUCCACUAUCGAACUGCUGGAGAUGGAACUGGCCAAUGCUAAAGCCGCGCUCCAGGAAAUCCAGCCCAGUGCUGCUCCUGUGUUCUCACGAAGAGAUGAACUCGCUCUAGGUGCGAUGACUGCUUAUCGCCAAAACCUCAUCGGCCGCGCCCCUGAUUUCUUUUACGGUGCUAGUCGGUUGACCUCAAAAGAAUUGGGGCUUGUGCCAGUGGUCGAGGAAGUGCUACCUGAUGAUGACGAGGACAGUGACGGGGCGGCCAAGGAAGACACUGCGAAAUCCCAACCCAUAACUACCGUACUGCGUAAGCCGGCUACUCUCACCGAUGUUUUGUCGAAUAAUGUGAUUCUCGACCAUAUCGCCCCUUAUUUAUCGACCCCAGCUUUGUUUGCCGUGGCCUCGACCUCGCGUGUUCUUAGAUCUUUGGUGAUAGACACGCCAUACGUUUUCCGGCAUCUUGAUCUGAGCCGAUGUCGCGGCGCCUGCUUUGCCAGUGAAUUACCAGAAAACCUUGAGAGUCAGGUCGCAGGGGAGGAUCAGCUGAGUGACGCACUUACAGCGGAUGGCUUCUAUGCGGCACCUUUACGAGGCAUCUUUGACCACCUCGAACGAAAAUCAAUCCUGCAAGAUGUGCGGACACUGAUCAUGGACGGGCUAUCUGUGCCGGCCGAAUUGAUUGCCGACAUCAUUCUGACAGAUCGUUUCAACAUCAAUAUUCUGUCGAUAAGGGAGUGCCGGCAUUUGAACGAGCGUAAGUUGAUGCAGGUGCUGAACUAUGCGGUCAGGCCUACACGCCCGAAAGGAACCCCGAGUUUGAAGGGGAUAUAUCAUUUUACACCCAUGGCACAAUCGCGUGGUGCCGUACGCAGUAACUACCGUGACUGGUGGAACUCAAGAUGCUCCAGCCAAGGAUCAAGCGAGCCUUCUACCUCUGGAGAAAGCCCAGUAUCACGUGGCGAGCCAACGAGAAGUGCAUGCAGUCAAAAUCCCUGGUACUACCCGUCAGGCAAGAUGUUCAAGCGGAAGAUAGACGAAGGGUGGGCAGAAACAAUCCAGAAGUGUGAGGGUAUCAUUGCCUUCGACGCUGUGCUGUGUCGGGGUCCGCAGCACAAUGUUGAAUUGCACAAUCCAAGCUUGCCGAAUGACGAGAGUCCCCAGCCAGAGAGUCGAAUGCUUGCGCCGGCAAUAGCUACUGUUGCACUUGGUCCCGGAGGAUGCGAUGGAUGCCAUUCAGUACCCGAGGGACCGGCGAUUUGGGGCGAAUCCCUCGAGGAGCGAUUUCCUCUGCUUGCGCCACCUCCAUUGCAUUCAUCCACAGUGGCAGCAGCGAGACACCCUGCGUUCAUUCCUGACAAGCAAGCUGCGUUGAUAGCCCGGUGUACAGAAUGCCUAACCGAUCGCUGGUGCCAUCGUUGUAAUAAAUGGUUCUGCACCAAUUGUUUGCCACAUCCAGAGCGCGUAAGAAGCAACCUCACUCCGCAUCAGACUGCUACCAGAGAACCCAGAGGGGACGGUUCGAAUAUAGGCGGGCCUGGUGUGAGCAAGGACUGCUGGGAAUGUGGCCCAACGUGUGCCAUGUGUAAGGCGGAGUGCCAACGGACAUGCAACACCUGCCAAGGAGUUUACUGUGUUGAGCACAAUGAAGGGUGCUCAUCGACCCUGUGCGAUUGGUGCAAUACCAGCACACGCCAUCGAGUGAGAGAAUUAUAUUGAUUUGAUUGUAACCUGGUGCUCUCGAUGGUUAACGUUAUACAU